UAAAUAUGUUAUCCCAGAGGUGCUACCACCGUUGCUGAUGAGCUCGGCCUUGGCCAGUGGCGAGUCCGUCUUGGAACCGGCUGGCAUUGGCUCUGUCGGACAUGGGGGAAGCUUCUAGCAGCUUCUCACAGAAGCCACCCCUGUAGCCCCCCACUACCAAAACCUUGCCACGCAAACCCGAUACACAAACCCAACUUUGGUACAGUACCUGCCUGUCCUGCUGUUGCUUUCAAAGAAGAAGUGACCUAGAAGUGUCAGGGCAUCAGUCGUGGGUUGUGCUCUUUUUCACUCUGAAUUUGUCUUUGAGUGAUUGUAGUGAUUCAGAGGAAUGGCUGAAGCUGUGAAGAGUCCUCCUGUUGGAAGAGCAGCCUCUCAGGACCUAGUCCUUAGCCAUGCCUGCCCUUAUAUUCAUAGUCACAGCUUUCCAAAAGGCAGUCAUCAACUUCUGAGAGUCCAACUGUAUGACUCUGUUGGAGCAGCUUUUCUUGCAUCUUUUUUUUCAAUUGAGUCAUUCCCAGAAUCAUUUGGGAGCUGAUUACUGAGUAUGUCUACUUUUUUCCUGGGGCCCAUCAUCCAAAGGCUACCACUUUGGGAAAAUCUCCUUUUAUUCAAGCUUUUCUCGCCUGUUUUUAUACUUCAUCUGUCUCAUGUUGACUUUCAUACACAUUGUGUUGGCUUGGGCUUUCUAACCCUUCGAGUGUGAAGGAAGCUCUCAGUAUUCAUCUGGGAAGCAUUAAUUUUGCCAUUUAAAACACUCCUGGAUUACCAUGAUAUUUUUAAAAUUUAGAGGCCAAGUAUAAAUAUAUUUGCUGCACACUCAUAAUGUACUCAGCCUUCUUUAAAGACCACAUAAGCUUUAUUAAUAAAAGUAGUGACAGGCUUGCUAUUAGAACCACCUCAGCUAGGAGACCUGCAUCUGAGCUGUGGAUUAUCAUGGGACUGUGCUGGGAGGACUUUGCACCAUUGCUGCUCUUUUGCCAGUGCAUGAUGCCCACUCACACCAGACAGUGCAGAUAUCUGCUGCACUUUUUUUUGAUAACUGAUAAUUCUUGUGUCUCCUGGGAAAUAGAAAACUUAAAAGCAAAUCAGAAAGUUCUGAUUUGGUUUUGUUCAAAUAUAUACGUAUAUGAGAGCUAUGUCUUCUUCAGAAGAGUUCAAGAGUGGAAGGAACAUUACAGUAUUAAGCAAGGAAAAAAGGCGCGUGGCCAUGGAGGCUAUGAUUCUGAUUUUAGUGAUGAGGAGAGUGGAGAGAAUUCUGUGCAAAAGACUAAAAGUAAAAAGGAAGAUGUCCUUCUGAUAAAGCCAUUCCAAAAAGCAAAACAAGGCAGUGUGGUUCACAGACAAUUUGCAGCUGAAGAAUGGGAUAGGGAAGAAGCAAGAAAAAGAAGAUUUCACUUGAUAGCGAUGGAUGCCUAUGAAAGACAUAAAAAGUUUGUGAAUGACUACAUUUUAUACUACGGUGGCAAAAUAGAGGAUUUCCGACGUUCUGGAGCAAAUGACAAGACGGAUCUUGAUGUUAUUAGAGAAAACCAUAGAUUCCUCUGGAACGAAGAUGAUGAAGCAGACAUGAAUUGGGAGAAGAGGCUUGCAAAGAAGUAUUAUGAUAAAUUGUUCAAAGAAUACUGUAUAGCAGAUCUCAGUAGAUACAAAGAGAAUAAGUUUGGAUUUAGAUGGCGACAUGAGAAAGAAGUGAUUUCAGGAAAAGGUCAGUUUUCCUGUGGAAAUAAGCACUGUGAUGAGAAAGAAGGCCUGAAGAGCUGGGAGGUGAAUUUUGGUUACGUUGAACAUGGUGAAAAGAGGAAUGCGCUUGUGAAAUUGAGACUAUGUCCAGAAUGUUCCUACAAACUAAACUUUCAUCACCGGAGGAAAGAAGUCAAAGCACACAAGAAAAGAGGCACAGCUGUACCGAACUCUAAAGAGCCAAAAAUUAAGAAGACAAAAUUAUCUUGUUCAGCAAAAAAGAAGUCAAAAAAAAAGACCCAUAAAGAUCAGGUUUCUUCAGAAGAUUCAGAUAAUUCUGAUAAAGAUUCAGAUAACAGCGAUGCACAAGAUGGUCCUUCAGAUGCUGACUUUUGGAAGGGUCCUCUACAAGAAGCAGAUGAAAAAUCACGGGAGGAGGAGUUUGAUGAGUAUUUUCAAGACUUGUUUCUCUGAAACUUGAAAUUCAUGUAGGCUGAUUUUCGUCGUGACUUGUCAAGAUGAAAGUCUGGAAAUCCACUCAUAAUUAGGGACCAGAGACCUUCUUCUGCCAGCAUACCUUUUCUACAGUCACUCAUAUGGACCAUGUGGGUAGAUUAUCUUUGUAGAAGGCCUCAGGUCUAAAAACUUUCUUUUUCUUGUGGUAGGCUGUUUACUCAUGAAAUAAGAGAAAUAAUUUUUUCAGUUCAGUGCAAAAGGUAUAUGGCACCCAAACUUAAAAGCAGGAAGGAUGUAAACAAACAAGAAUAUAGUUUAUUGACAUUACAUCACAGAAGUUAUCCCAAACUUCGGUUAUUGCCAGAUUUUUGUAAAGGUGCAUUUUGGAAGAUUCUGUUAUUAGUUUAAAGCCAUACACUUUAAUAUAUUUAUUUUUCUAAUUUAUUAAACAAGAGUUGAAUAGCCUUAAACUUAUUAUUCAUGUAGACUUUAAUAUUCAGGUAUUGGUCUCUGCAAGUAUUUUCAAAUGCUAUUGGAGAAGUUCAACUUUUAUCAAAUAUGUAUUUUGCUUGAAUUAGGCAAAUUAUAUCUGAAAUGUCUCCCCUACUCUAUCAAAAUGUUUAGUUCAUUGUACUUUUUUAAAAUUUUAGUUAUAAUAUGAUGUGACUGAUAAUUCCACUUAUAAAAAUCUAGUUGGUUGGUGAAAUUUUUGAUGUAAAAAAUAAAGUGUGUGGCUUUCUACUGGAGAUGUACAUGUGACUUUUCUGUUAUUUAUGGUUUCUGAUCUCCUUAACAUUGAUUGAAUGUUAAUCCUUCUUUAAAGUGUAAUCCUAAAUAUACAAGUAAAGAAUGUAUAUUGCUUGAGAAACUUAGUAGAUUCAUCUUCCUCUUCAAGUUGCAACACAACUUUAAACAUUCUUUAGUUUAUGUUUCCAAAGAAACAGUCUGCACAUGAAUAGUUAUGGUGGCUAUUUUCUUUGUUGGAUGAAAAUUACUUUGGAUAUAAAGGACAAACUUUUUUUGAAUUAAAUGUUCAUGGUAAUCUAUGGAAAGUUAAUGUUGUAUAAAAUAUAUUUUUGAUAAGUAGAUAUAUUCAUAGACAGUAUUUAUAAUAAGUAUUUGAUGUGGAAAAUGUAACAGCAGAGAUGGUUGCAGUGUAUUUAUGAACAUUUUACAUGUACUUAUAUGAAUAAGUUGAGAACUCUAUUUACAAGUAUUGCUUAACAUAAUUACAUUUUAAACAGUUUGUACUUACAUAAUAGAUGACAGUACAAGGGCAUAUUUAGGGUGUCCUUGAGUAAGAAAUAAACGUAGCCUUGCAUGAAGGCUUCUUUAGGUAAGAAGGUGGAUUUAAAGGUUAAUUCUCUGACAUCUUGCAAGCUUGGUUGAGAGUCAAAUCCAAUCUGCAGCAAUCUGCUUACAUGUAUGCAACUUGCCCAAAGGGGCUUUUGUCAAACGUGUUGCUGUAUUUGUUCCUUCAGGUAUUGUAUAUUAAGUAUGUGUUCUGGAUAACUAACUACUCUUUGGGUCUUUACAAUAUAGUUAUAAAAAGGUACAGUGUACAUAUUAAAUACAUCAUUUAACACAGUUUGAAUAAAAUUAUAUGAUCAAA